CCCGGCCCCUCCUCCUUCCAAGAACUGGGAAGAGCUGGUCACAAAUCCUCCUAAUCUGCCAGCGUCUCAGUCGCCAUCUCACACCAGCACUGAGCCCCGGCAGCCAGGGGACCACACACGUCCCACCCAGUGACUGCCCGGCUGCUGCCCACUCUCCCUCACCCAUGGGGAACAGCAAAAGCGGGGCCCUGUCCAAGGAGAUCCUGGAGGAGCUGCAGCUGAACACCAAGUUCACGGAGGAGGAGCUGUGUGCCUGGUACCAGUCCUUCCUAAAGGAGUGCCCCAGCGGCCGCAUCACCCAGCAGGAGUUCCAGAGCAUCUACGCCAAGUUCUUCCCGGACGCCGACCCCAAGGCCUAUGCCCAGCACGUGUUCCGAAGCUUUGAUGCCAACAGCGAUGGCACCCUGGACUUCAAGGAGUAUGUCAUCGCCCUGCACAUGACCACCGCAGGCAAGCCCAACCAGAAGCUGGAGUGGGCCUUCUCCCUCUAUGACGUGGACGGCAACGGGGCCAUCAGCAAGAAUGAAGUGCUCGACAUUGUCACGGCUAUUUUCAAAAUGAUCAAUCCUGAGGAUGUGAAGCAUCUCCCAGACGAUGAAAACACACCAGAAAAGCGAGCUGAGAAGAUCUGGAAUUUCUUUGGAAAGAAAGAGGAUGAUAAGCUUACAGAGGAAGAAUUCAUCGAGGGGACCCUGGCCAAUAAGGAGAUUCUGCGACUGAUCCAGUUUGAGCCUCAAAAAGUGAAGGAAAGAUUAAAGGAAAAGAAACCCUGA